GAAAAGCAUACAGAUCUGUGUUACUGAAUGACAGUGUUGCUGUGCAUUGCUGUAAUGUUAAAUAAUACAAUGUAUGAAGUUUUUCUCCAAUACUGUUUUUAUUUUGAGGAGGGUGUAUGUUUUAUGUAAAUGGUUACAGCCCUGAAUGAAUACUGAUUAUUGUAGAUAAGUUGAGGGAAUUCAGUUACAUUUACUAGGCUGAAUUUGAAAGGGUGAGAAAUAGGUGUUUGUGAAUCUGUUAGCUUUCUUAAACUUCUGUGCUUGAAUUCAAGAGAAAGAGAAAACUGAAAUUAGAGCUUGAAAUGAAAAUGCAGUUAACAUUUGGAUUAACUUAGAAUGUGGGUUAGAGAAGCUGUGGGUGCCCCAUCCCUGCAAGCACUCAAGGCCAGGUUGAAUGGGGCCCUGGGCAGCUGAGGUGGUGGGUGGCAGCCCUGCUGAUGGCAUGGGUAUGAAACUGGGUAGGCUUUUAAGGUCUCUUCCAACGCAAGGCAUCCUGUGAUACUUACAUUCUAUAAUUUUUACCGUAAUCAUAGAAUCAUAGAAUUGCUCAGGUUGGAAAAGACCUUAAAGAUCAUGAACUCCAACCACAACCUAACCAUGCUACCCUAACUCUAACAACUCUCUGCUAAAUCAUGUCCCUGCAGCACCACAUCCAAAUGGUUUUUAAACAUAUCCAGGAAUGGUGACUCAACCACCUCCCUGGAGAGCCUAUUCCAGUGCUUAACAAACUUUUCUGUAAAGAAGUGUUUCCUGAUAUCCAACCUAAACUUACCUUGGCGCAACUUGAGGUCAUUUCCCCUCAUCCUGUUGCUUGUCACCAGUGAGAAGAGACCAACCCUGCUCUCACUGCAAUCAGCUUUCAGGUAUUUGAAGAGAGCAACGAGGUCUCCCCUCAGCCUCCUCUUCCCCAGUCUAAACAGCCCCAGUUCCUUCAGUGUCUCCUUGUAGGGCAUAUUCUCCAAGCCCUUCACAAGCCUUGUUGCCCUUCUUUGGACCUACUCCAACACCUCAAUGUCCUUUCUGUGCUGAUGUGCCCAAAACUGAACGCAGUACUCAAGGUGGGGCCUAGUUUAACUUUGUUUGAUAUGAACCCUGAUGGCUACAAGGCCUUAUACUUCUGAAAAAUAUGCAUGAGUCAUUUUCUCAUGGCAUGUUUUAGUAAUAAACUGUAUCUUUCCUUAUUCAAAUAUAUAUACGUUUUUCCAGGUAUCUAUUUAUGCACAUGAUAGGCUUAAUAAAACCAAAGCUUUUUUUUAUACAGUAAAUCAAAGAGCAGUUAGUUAGGAAGAUAUGUGACCUCUAGAAAUUUGCCUUCUAUUGCUGUACUUGUAAUGUGAGAUGUACUGAAUAGUAGACUCAGUUCAGUUGUGAGGUGUGAUUAUAUCAGACUCUUUUGUGGAUGAAGCUGAUAGCAGAUGUCUGGACAACAUACUAUGAAGCAAAAAGCAUUAACUUAGUGCACUAGAAGAUAAUUGCAACAUACAAAUUGAAUUCAGUUUGUUGAAGUCUGCCAGAAGAUUAAGGGUUUGGGAGGUAACAAGAGGAGGUCAGUUUUAGAGAGUCUUUACGUUGAGUUGAACCAAGUAAUAUGUAUUCUUGGUGCCUUAUAAGGAGAACAAAUACCUUCAGAAAUUAAAACAUUUUUCUGUACCAGCUAUUGUUUUCCAGUUUGCAGGUGAGUUUACUCUGGAUUCUAACCUUUCAGUGUAAAGUCAGGUCAUGAAAAAUUUAUUAGUUUAUCUCUAGGGUCUGUUUUUCCUGUGUAGGCAAAGGAGAUGCAGAAUUAAGAUGACAGUAAAACAGUUCUGAAAGGAGCAAGUAUUUCAUGGCUAUGUUGUUGUGGGAAGAAUCAGACAGGAUUCCUAAGCUUAUGUUCUUUGAAUAUCCCAGACGUGCUUCACUUCCUUUAAGCUGAUAUUCUUAAAUGUUAAAGUCUCUAUUGUAAAAGGUUGUUGAUACAUGACAGGUUAAUAUAAUAAGGCACUAAUGGCACAAUGUAGAUCUGAACUUUUAGCUUUCUGGAUCUCUGCUUGGUCAGCUGACAACUAAACUGUUGCUGUUUAUUUUAGCCCAGAGGAGGAAGAGGACUGCUGUCAAGCCAAGUCACAACGCUUUCAAAAAGCUUCAGAAAAACUGUCAGGAUAGGGCUUUGCUACUACUCCUUGGUUUGAGUCUUACAGAGAAUGCUUUCUUCAGUCCAUGCCUGCAUCAGAUCAUGAGUUCCUAAACCACUAUGUUGCAUGUAUGCUUGUAGUUUCUUCGAGUGAACCAGAGCCUGUGGAGCAGUUUCUGAAGCUGUCGCAAGAACAACAUCGAAUUCAGCAUAGUAGUGAAUACUCUUAUCCAAAAUGGUUUAUACCAAACACACUCAAGUACUAUGUGUUACUGCACGAUGUAAGCUCAGGUGAAGAGCAGAGAGCUGACUCCAUUUAUGAAGAGAUGAAACAGAGGUAUGGAACUCAGGGUUGCUAUUUGCUGAAAAUAAAUUCUCGAGUAUCUAACAGAGGAACAGAUGAACAGAUACCAGACCCUUGGAGCCAGUACCUUCAAAAAAACUCCAUUCAGAACCAGGAUUGCUACGAAGACUGUCCUUAUACUGUCAUAUCAAACAAGAGUACUGAUCACUUGAUAUCAGAUGGCUUAGAUAAUGAAAUUAAAGAUGGCCUGUCAAACAACUUCAAGACUCAUCCCCUUCAACUGGAUCAUCCCAGCAGCAGUUUGGAUAGCACUGAUUAUGUGAAGGCUACUACAUCAUUGCAGGAGUCAAAGAAAUCAAAUUCUGGAACACCUCAUGGUGCUUGUUUAACACUCACGGAUCAUGAUCGAAUUAGGCAGUUCAUACAGGAAUUCACAUUUAGAGGACUUUUGCCACAUAUAGAGAAGACUAUUCGGCAACUUAAUGAUCAGCUAAUAUCCAGGAAAGGCUUGAGUCGAUCAUUGUUUUCUGCUACUAAAAAGUGGUUUAGUGGAAGUAAGGUUCCAGAGAAAAGCAUAAAUGAACUGAAGAAUACUUCUGGUUUGCUGUAUCCCCCGGAAGCACCAGAGCUUCAAAUCCGGAAGAUGGCAGACUUAUGCUUUUUGGUGCAACACUAUGAACUCGCAUAUAGCUGUUACCAUACAGCAAAGAAGGACUUCUUAAAUGAUCAGGCAAUGCUUUAUGCAGCUGGAGCGCUGGAAAUGGCAGCAGUAUCAGCGUUUCUUCAGCCAGGAGCUCCUAGGCCUUAUCCUGCUCAUUAUAUGGAAACAGCAAUUCAGACUUACCGAGAUAUCUGCAAGAACAUGGUUCUGGCUGAACGGUGCGUACUGCUUAGUGCUGAAAUCUUAAAAAGUCAAAGCAAGUAUUCGGAAGCAGCUGCUCUUCUGAUUCGUUUAACCAGUGAGGAUUCAGAUCUUCGUAGUGCACUUCUGUUAGAGCAAGCAGCACAUUGCUUUAUAAACAUGAAGAGUCCCAUGGUCAGAAAGUUUGCAUUUCAUAUGAUACUGGCUGGCCAUAGGUUUAGUAAAGCAGGACAGAAAAAACAUGCCUUACGUUGCUACUGCCAAGCCAUGCAAGUUUACAAAGGAAAAGGCUGGUCUCUUGCAGAAGAUCAUAUUAACUUCACUAUUGGUCGUCAGUCAUUUACACUUCAUCAGCUUGAUAACGCUGUAUCUGCCUUCAGGCAUAUUUUGAUCAAUGAUAGUAAACAACCUCCAGCUCAGCAAGGAGCUUUUUUGAGAGAGUAUCUCUAUGUUUAUAAGAAUGUAACCCAGCUGUCACCUGAUGGUCCCUUACCACAACUUCCUUUGCCAUACAUUAACAGCUCAGCAACACGUGUUUUCUUUGGACAUGAUCGAAGACCAGCGGAAGGUGAAAAGCAAGCUGCAACGCAUGUAAGUCUGGAUCAGGAAUAUGACUCAGAAUCAUCACAACAGUGGAAGGAGCUGGAGGAGCAGGUUGUGUCUGUGGUCAACAAAGGAGUAAUACCUUCAAACUUUCAACCGACGCAGUUUUGUUUAAACCGCUAUUCAGAUAACUCCAGAUUUCCACUUGCUGUGGUAGAAGAACCUAUAACUGUAGAAGUCUCCUUCCGAAACCCACUGAAGGUUCCGCUUCUGUUGACUGACCUUUCACUGCUGUGGAAAUUUCAGCCCAGAGACUUCAGUGCUAAACAUGAGGGAGCAGUAAAAGAUCCGGGAACAUGUGAUGAUGAUAUGAUAGGAACAGAAGCAAUAGCAGAAUUUCUAAUUAAUAGUGAGGAGACAAAAAUGGCGAGACUAAAGCUCUUUCCCCAUCAAACAGGGGAGCUACAUAUUCUGGGAGUCGUUUAUAAUCUUGGCACUGUUCAGGGUACUGUGACAUUAGAUGGGAUAGAUCCUUCUAUUGGAUUACAGUCAGGGAAAUUUGUCUCCAAUGGGUUAUCUGUACGAGGAAGACAAGACUUAGAAAUCCAAGGGCCUCGACUUAAUAACACAAAAGAAGAAAAAACAUCUAUUAAGUAUGGACCUGAUCGACGCUUAGAUCCCAUUAUUACAGAAGAAAUGCCUUUGUUGGAGGUGUUCUUUAUAAACUUUCCUACAGGACUUCUCUGUGGAGAAAUCAGAAAAGCAUAUGUAGAGUUUGUAAAUGUAAGCAAGUGUCCUCUUACAGCGCUGAAAGUUGUGUCCAAGCACCCAGAAUUUUUUACUUUUGGUGCAAAUACUGCUGUUCUAACACCACUAAGUCCUUCAGCUUCUGAGAACUGUAGUGCUUACAAGACUGUUGUGACAGAUCCUACCUCUGUGCGUACAGCACUGCUAUCUUCAGCUUCUUCUGUAGACUUUGGGGUUGGCACAGGAGGUCAGCCUGAGGUUAUACAUGUCCCACUUCCUGACUCGAUUCUUCUUCCUGGAGCAUCAGUGCAGCUGCCAAUGUGGUUACGGGGACCAGAUGAAGAAGGAGUUCAUGAAAUAAACUUUUUAUUUUACUAUGAAAGUAUUAAAAGACACUCAAAAAUGUGUCAUAGAGUACUAAGGCACACUGCAGUUAUUUGUACUAGCCGGUCUCUGCAUAUUCGAGCUACUGUCUGCAGAAGUAAUGCACUUGAAGAUGAAGAAGGCAGAGGGGACAACAUGUUGGUGUUUGUGGAUGUAGAAAAUAUCAAUACUAGUGAGACUGGCGUUAAAGAAUUUCACAUAGUACAAGUUUCAAGUAAUAGUAAGCACUGGAAGCUUCAAAAAUCUGUUAACAUCUCUGAAGACAAAGACACUAAACUUGCUAGCAGAGAGAAAGCAAAGUUGUGCUUUAAAGCAGUGAGAUGCAAAAACUCAGAAGAAAAUUACACAUUUGCAGACAUCGUCUUUGGAAAUGAACAGAUAAUAAGUUCAGCCAGUCCAUGUGCAGACUUCUUUUUCCAAAGCUUAUCCUCUGAAUUGAGAAGAACUCAUGUGCAAUCUCAAACUCAUGCAUCUCAACGGGCUGUGAAGCAAUCAUUUGAUGAGGCAGUCAGAUUGAUACAAAGAUGCAGUGAAGUGGACUUGAACAUUGUUGUACUAUGGAAGGCAUAUGUUGUAGAAGAUAACAAGCAGCUUAUUUUGGAAGGCCAACAUCAUAUUGCCCUUAAUACAGUUGGGAAGGAGGCGUUUUCAUUUCCUCAGAAGCAGGGUUUAAAAAAAAUACUCGGGAGUUCUGAUUGGGAGGACUUGGAACAGGAAUUACCAGAAACAGCACUCCUAAAGUUUUUUCGACCCGAAAGCGCACCAGUACCUGCAAGACCAACACCAGAGCAGCUUUCCAAUCUUAUCAAGACAAGUCUUCAUUACCCAGAGUCUUUCAAUCACUCUUUCCACCAAAAAAGCCUCUGUCUGGUACCUGUUACUCUCCUACUUUCCAAUUGUUCUCAGGCUGUUGUAGAUGUGAUGAUUGAUUUGCGGCAUAAAACAACAAGCCCAGAGGCACUAGAAAUCCAUGGAUCUUUUACGUGGCUUGGGCAAACACAGUACAAGCUUCAGUUGAAAAGCCAGGAGGUCUAUAGCUUGCAGCUAAAAGCUUGCUUCGUUCAUACCGGUGUCUAUAAUCUUGGAACCCCCAGAGUAUUUGCCAAGCUAGUGGACCAAGUUACUUUGUUUGAAACAAGUCAGCAGAACUCUAUGCCUGCACUGAUUAUUAUCAAUAAUAUUUGACCACUUCCUGAAAAAUCAUACUAAAAGACAAAAUAAAUCGGAUUCUUUUCUUAUAUCGCUGGUUGACAUUUUGCUGCAGUUUUUUGAAAUAGCACCUCGAACAUCUAACUUGUUACUAGAGAUUGUGUAGAAAAGAAAAUAGCAAAAUACUCAGACUUGUCAAUUUGUUUCUCAAUGCAACGCACGUUGGACUGAAAAUACGUUUAUCCUUUUGUAUAAUGUAUUUCUUCUCUGGUAAUUAAGAUAUUCAUAACACAAAGUAAUCUUCAGCUCCAGAUCUGAACAUAGUUCUAUGUCCUAUGCCCUGUCAAAAAUGCAGCUUGGCUGCUGCUACAACGUCCAGCAUGGCGUGUUUCAUAUUUGUGGCUGUAUUAGGGUAUGGUUCAGGAAGAAACCCUCACUGGCUUUUUCCUGUCAAAAGCCGUUAGUCAUCAUAAAUCCCAACCUUACCAUGAACUUCAAUAGGGUGUCUCCAAGCUGUUCCUGAAUUCUUUAGUUUAAAAAUUUGUUUUGAGUUCUCACGUUUAGGAAAACUGGUGACCAUUGGAGGUUUACAUACAAGUCCCACCUAGGGUGUCUCAAAAAGAAUUUCUUCAACCAGUUUGAGUAUUUUUCUCACUCAUCUCAGCACAGGAUGCACUAUUUCACAACCAUGAGAUUGUCAUUUAAAUUGUCACUUGCUUUAUUAUGUAACUAUAACAAUUGAUCUGUUUUAAAAAUAAAAUCUACUCAAGAUUUUCAAGAAAUGUAUUAUAUUUAUAACAAAUGUACUGUAAAUAGAAUAAAACAUACAUCAUAUUCACUGUA